CAGGCGCAGUGGCGCGGAGGGCGUGUCCGCGUGUCCGGUUUUCCUGCGGGCGGACGCUCCUCCUCCAAGUGCAGCCGCGGUUCCAACUCAGCCGCCGCUUGCUCGCCUUGGCGAGACCGUCCUGCGGCUGAGGGCAAUGGCUGACGAAAGCCAGGAGAUCGGUGGCAUCCAUUUCCCUUUCCCCUUCCCACCCUAUCCUAUCCAGAAGGACUUCAUGGCGGAGCUCUACAAGGUUUUGGAGGCUGGCAAGAUUGGGAUCUUUGAGAGUCCAACUGGCACAGGCAAGUCCUUAAGUCUCAUUUGUGGGGCCCUCUCCUGGCUCCGCGACUUUGAACGGAAGAGAGUGCAGGCGGAGGCCCGUCUCCUUGCACCUGGGACCGGCCCCACGUGUGGUGGGCAGAACUCGCUUCCAUCUUCCUCCUCUUGCCAAGAGCCCUCUGGCACCCCGAGGGCUGGCGGAGAACCUGACUGGGUCACUGAAUUUGUUCAGAAGAAAGAAGAAAGGGACCUGGUGGAGAGGCUGAAGGAGGAGCAGGUGAAGAGGAAGAAGCGGGAAGAGCAUCUGCAGCAGGUCGGCCAGGAUGGAAGAAGGCUCAAGUUUGCAGCGAAGCGCAUGAAGAAGGAGGAAGAGGAGACCGAGACUCUCCUGCGCCUCAGCAGGGAGAUGCUGGCUGAAGGGACCGGGCCGGAACGCCUGGAGCAGCUGGAGUGUGGGGAGGAGGAGCUGGUUCUGGCGGAGUACGAGAGUGAUGAGGAGAGAAGAGCCAGCAGAGUGGAUGAUGAUGAGGAGGAUGACUUGGAGGAAGAACAUAUAACCAAGAUUUAUUACUGCAGUCGGACACACUCACAGCUGGCCCAGUUUAUACAUGAAGUACGCAAGAGCCCUUUCGGCAAGGAGACCCGGCUAGUCUCUCUUGGCUCUCGGCAGAACCUUUGUGUGAAUGAAGAUGUGAAAAAGCUGGGUUCUGUGCAACUUAUGAAUGACCGCUGUGUGGACAUGCAGAGAAGCAAACACGAGAAGAAUGGAGCUGGGGAAGACAAGCCAAAGAGAAGGAGACGGAAAAUCCAGACCUCUUGCCCAUUCCAUAACCAUGAGCAGAUGCAGCUUCUCCGGGACGAGAUUCUGCUGGAGGUGAAGGACAUGGAGCAGCUUGUGGCCCUUGGGAAGGAGGCACGGGCUUGCCCCUAUUACGGAAGCCGCUUUGCCAUCCCUGCAGCCCAGCUGGUGGUGCUACCUUACCCAAUGCUGCUGCAUGCAGCCACCAGACAGGCUGCGGGAAUCAGGCUGCAAGGCCAAGUGGUCAUCAUCGAUGAGGCGCACAACCUGAUCGACACCAUCACCAACAUCUACAGCACAGAGGUCAAUGGUUCCCAGCUCUGCCAGGCCUAUUCCCAGUUACUCCAGUACAUGGAAAGAUACGGGAAGCGUUUGAAGGCCAAGAACCUAAUGUACAUCAAGCAGAUCCUGUACUUGCUGGAGAAGUUUGUGGCUGUUUUGGGAGGUAACGUUAAGCAAAAUCCUAGUACACAGAGCCUGCUCCAGACAGGUUCUGAGCUGAAGAGCAUCAACGACUUUCUCUUUCAGAGCCAGGUGGACAACAUCAACCUGUUCAAGGUGCAGCGGUACUUGGAGAAGAGCAUGGUCAGCAGGAAGCUCUUUGGCUUCACAGAACGCUUUGGAGUUGUUCUUCCGUCUCCCUCGGCCUCUCAGGAGAACCGCAAUCUGGACGGCUUCCAGCACUUCCUGAAGAGCCUGCAGUCAGGGCCUACUGAGGACUCCCUGGAGGAAGGCCAGGCCACAGCCCCACGGCCUGCCUCUCCACUGAUGCACAUUGAGGCCUUUCUGGCAGCUCUCACCACUGCCAACCAGGAUGGCAGGGUUAUCCUGAGCCGCCAAGGCAGUGUUGGUCAAAGCAGCCUCAAAUUCUUGCUCUUGAACCCAGCUGUGCAUUUUGCCCAGGUGGUGAAGGAAUGCCGAGCAGUGGUCAUUGCUGGCGGCACCAUGCAGCCGGUGUCUGACUUUCGGGAGCAGCUGCUGGCAUGUUCUGGAGUGGAAGCUGAGCGGGUGGUGGAGUUCUCCUGUGGUCACGUGAUCCCUCCAGACAACAUCUUGCCCCUUAUUAUAUGCAGCGGACCCUCUAACCAACAGCUGGAAUUCACCUACCAGAGGAGAGAGCUGCCUCAGAUGAUGGAGGAGACAGGCCGCAUCCUCUGUAACUUAUGCAAUGUGGUCCCUGGAGGGGUAGUAUGCUUCUUCCCUUCCUAUGAGUAUCUGCGCCAGGUACAUGCACACUGGGACAAGACUGGCCUGCUGGCACGUUUGUCUGUCAAGAAAAAGUUAUUCCAAGAACCCAAGAGAGCAAGUCAGGUGGAGCAGGUGCUGACGGCGUAUUCCAAGUGCAUUACGUGCUGCAUUCAGGCAGGAGGCCAUCUGACAGGGGCCUUGCUCCUCUCUGUGGUUGGAGGGAAGAUGAGUGAAGGGAUCAACUUCUCUGAUGACUUGGGUCGGUGUGUGGUGAUGGUGGGGAUGCCGUACCCCAACCUUAAGUCUCCAGAAUUGCAAGAGAAGAUGGCCUACUUGGAUCAGACCCUUCCUAGAACACAAGGUCAGGCUCCCCCAGGGAAGAUGUUGAUAGAGAAUUUGUGUAUGAAGGCUGUAAACCAAUCCAUAGGCAGGGCCAUUAGGCACCAGAGGGACUUCGCCAGCAUUGUGCUCCUGGAUCAUCGCUAUGCCCGCCCUGCUGUCCUGGCGAAGCUGCCAGCCUGGAUCCGAGACCGUGUGGAGGUCAAAGCCACCUUUGGUCCUGCCUUUGCUGCGAUGCGGAAGUUUCAUCGAGAGAAGUCACACCCCUGUCUGGUGUAGGAUCCUCUUUUAUUCUCUCUGCUUGACUCGACCUUUGUGUCUGGCCUAAGAUGGUCUACAGCAUAUGCAGACUGUGAAGUCUACACCAGCCUUCCAGAGGCAGUGGAUUCCAGUGUUGUGACUUCCACAGAAAAACCACCGGGACAAACCCAGUUCAUCCUGAAGGAACAUGGCCUGGGGCACCUCAUUCCCUGAGACCGAUUUUCCCCCAGCACCUAGCUCAAUUUAGCUUUCUCUUGGCUUCAGGAGGCUGUGCAGGCAGCAGCUCUCUGCCCUCUUGUGAGGCAAGGCUCACCCUGCCAUCAUCCUGUCUAGAGACAGAAAGCUGUUCUUGGCCUUUGAAUCCAGUCUCAGCCUCAGAUGUCCCUAUUCAGGGCUCUGCUGCCCACCGGGCCUUCACAUUCAGCCUGUAUUGACUGGGUCUCCAGGAAGAGGUGGAUCUCUCUUGUUUGGCUGCUGCUCCUUCCUUCUAAUGAUGCCAGCAGAAUCAUUAGACUCUCCAUGUGACUAUUUUAGAGUCCCUCUGAGUGAUACCAGGGCAUUUUUGACUGUGGAGAAAUAUCCCUCGCUCUGCAAUAGUGACCCCCGGUCACCUCUAUAUGGGACCAAAAAAAAAUGCUCUACUCCCUCAGACAUUCUGUCUCAUUGCUGAGACCACCAGGGCAGGAGGACAACCCAUGAUCUGCUGAGCCAUCUGCACCUGGCAAGGCCACCCUUUCUCUACUAAAUAAAAGAGCACUGGAGUCGCCAUUGUUUAGUGUGUGUGUGUUUUCUCAGUUCUAACAAAGGUAGGCAAAGUACUCUGGCAUGGUGCAGGUAAGGCAGUCACAUGAGGUAGUGGAGCUGGCACAUGGUGUACACAGCCCCAGGACAUGAAAAGAGAUGAGGCAAGAUGAAGGGCAGUUGUCCAGCCACUCGGCCCUCUGUGGACAACAGGAACUUUAGAGAUCCACUUGCCCAGGAGCAUCUGCGGGCUGUUCCUGCUGGAGUGAAUGAGGAAGGCCCUGUCUUGCCUAGGGUUGCUGGUCUAUAAUUAAUAUCAUAUCUUUUUUGGCCACAUUAUACAAUUGGGUCAUAGAUUCAAAUGUUUGGACAUAAUUGGUCAUGGUUGUCAGUGAAGCUUCCUAAAUCCAUUUUGCUUUCAUUGAGUUCAGACAGGGAAAAUUGGACCCGUAUCUGCAUUCGGGUUCUAGGGAACCCAGAGUCAAUCUAAGGAAAACAUCCCACUUGAACGAGCCCAGAUUCUUAAAAGGAGAAUGGUUGUUUUACAGGUGCUCAUUUAGGAAUUUCAGAAUAGAGAGGCGUCUUAGCUGUCAAGAUUGUGAAGAACUCUUAACAUGGGGGAUUCCUUGCAUAGAGAUUUUAUUCCUGUCCUUGGUAGAUCCCUCCAUGAGUGAGGCAAUCAUAGCUAGAAUCCGGGUGUCUAAUCAGAACCUUGGGGUGAGGCCCAGAUUAUCUCAGAGAAGAGCAGUUGAAUAAAGGGCAUCUCUUACUAACUCCCUCCCUUCCUGUACACAAGGCAUCUCUCAUCAGCUCCACACCUUUCUGCCUGUACACAAAGCCCAACUGGAACAUAACUUCUCUGGGGGGCCAAGACAUUUCAGACUCAACAUUUCUUAAGGAAUAAUCUGAUUAGGGCUGGGUGAAGUAGAAGUUGGGAACCUUCUGUCUAAGUGCUUAGUGGUAGAAUUUUGCAGUUCUUUAGAAUGGGAGAUAAAGGUGUGUCUGGUUGGAUCUUAGAGGUACCUGUGUUCAGAGAUAGGGGACUUCCCUGGACUCUAUAAGUUCUCUCCAGUUCCUAGGCACCCUACAUAUCAAACUAGGAGAGUUUUAUGGUGAGAAGAUGAAUAAUUGAAAAGCAUUAAAAUAGUAAGAAGGGGUGGGAAGUAACCAAUAAAUGUCAAU